AUGCCUAAGGAUAACCAAGGAAACUCGUACGACUACAAGUCCUCUGGUACUAACUCCCAGGGAAACCAUUACUGCUCCAGGGACUACGGCUCUAGUGCACCUAAUCAGAAUAGUUAUCACUACAGCAACAAAGAUGGUGGCUAUUAUUACUCCAACUCGGAUGGAUCGAAAUAUUACAACGAUUCCAAAGGAAGUUCUACGUACACCAACCCUAGUGGAAGUAAGACAUACAAGUGA